CCCGCACCCUCCUCCCAGGCAGCCCCAAGCCUCCCCUCCAGCACCCACGGUGCUGAGCUGUUAGAGCAGAGAGGCAGCGAGUUCUUUAUGGUCCUUGCCUAUUUAGCAUCCCAAAGAAGAGGGAUGGGAGGUGGCUGCUGGCUAUUGUCAGAUUAACAGCUGUUGCUGCUGACAACUCUCUUCGGGAGACAUAUAUGGAAUGGGACACUGAUGACUAAGCAUCAUCGUCGUUUUAUUUUUAAGGGAGGGGGGACCCAGUGAAACGUGGUGCCUCCCAUCCCAUCUCUUUCCCUUUGGCGCUCAUCUUUCCCCCUUGAUUCACAGCGACCCACGCCCGCCUUUGAUGGAAUUGCAUUGGCCACAAACUAAGGGAACCUAGAGGAGGGGGCGGGAGGGCUUCCCCCUUCUCCAAGGCUUCACCAGGACAGAUCCGCGUCUUCUUCUCGAACCCAAGAGAGAGAGGGGGAGAGAAAUUGCGUGGACAUACCAAGCCAGCUCAUCUUCUUGUGCAGAGCGGAACUUUCUUUUUAGCCAUUGGAUGUGAACGACAAUUCGACAAUGCCUGUCAGGAGGGGGCACGUUGCCCCCCAGAACACCUACUUGGAUACAAUCAUCAGGAAAUUUGAAGGACAAAACCGCAAGUUCCUUAUUGCCAAUGCUCAGAUGGAGAACUGUGCCAUCAUUUACUGCAACGAUGGUUUCUGUGAGAUGUUUGGCUACUCCCGGGUGGAGGUGAUGCAGCGCCCCUGCACCUGCGACUUCCUCACCGGGCCGGACACAACGCACAACUCCAUUGCGCAGCUGGGGCAGGCAUUGCUGGGAACCGAUGAGUGUAAGCUGGAGAUCCUCUACUACAGGAAAGACACAUCCUGUAUCCGGUGUUUGGUGGAUGUGGUCCCGGUCAAGAAUGAAGAAGGAGUCGUCAUCAUGUUCAUCUUGAACUUUGAAGACCUGGCAGCUCUCAUUGCCAAAAGUGCCCGGCAGAGUCUACACCAGCGCUUGUCCCAAGGAUGGCGAACAGGUCAAAAUACGAGCUUGAAGUUUAGUCUCCCGCCCCUACAACGUCUCACACUGCGGCGGAAAUCUCUGACUGCCACUGAGUUUGAUGGAGUAGCCAUUGACUAUGGAAAGCCUGGAGGGGACUCCUUAAAGCUGAGGGAGUUGAAGACUGUGGAGAACUGUGUCCAAUCUGAGACCGAAACACUGCUGGGGAAGGAGAGGAGAUCGAGUCUGGAGACGGCAUCUGACACUGAAGUGCGACACUCCGCCCCAGCGCAAGAGCUGCCUUCUCUAGGGCUCCGAGGGUCGCGCCCUGCCAGGGGUUUGGGCCGGUUCCAUCUUGGGGGCAGCUUCCAUAGCCUCCGCCAGGUCUCCUCCUUGGAGAGUUUGGAAGCUGCAAGGUCUGAGUUCCAGAGAAAAUUCAGGGAAAGGAGGGCAAACUCAGAGGCGUCCCAUGUCAAGCCCAACCAGAAUUCCACGUCAGACUCCGACCUUAUGAGAUACAGGACAAUCAGCCAGAUCCCCCAGUUCACCCUCAACUUUGUGGAGUUCAACCUAGAGAAACAUCGCUCAGGCUCUACUACAGAGAUUGAAAUCAUUGCACCCCACAAGGUGACAGAGCGCACGCAGAACGUCACCGAAAAGGUCACUCAGGUCCUGUCCCUGGGAGCCGAUGUCCUCCCUGAGUACAAGCUGCAGGCACCCCGCAUCCACCGAUGGACCAUCCUGCACUACAGCCCCUUCAAGGCCGUGUGGGACUGGCUGAUCCUCCUGCUGGUCAUCUACACGGCCGUUUUCACACCCUACUCUGCCGCCUUCCUGCUGAACGAAGAGCAGGAGGAGAAUCGCUCGGACUGCGGCUACUCAUGCGACCCACUCUACAUCAUUGACCUCAUUGUAGACAUCAUGUUUAUCGUUGACAUCAUCAUCAACUUCCGCACCACUUAUGUCAAUAUCAACGACGAGGUAGUAAGCCACCCAGCAAAGAUCGCCAUCCACUACUUCAAAGGCUGGUUUCUCAUCGACAUGGUGGCUGCUAUCCCCUUCGACUUGCUCAUCUUCCGCUCUGGAUCAGAUGAGACAACCACCUUGAUAGGGUUGCUGAAGACAGCGCGACUCUUGCGCCUGGUGAGAGUUGCCCGCAAGCUGGACCGCUAUUCCGAGUACGGGGCCGCUGUGCUCUUCCUGCUCAUGUGCACUUUUGCCCUCAUCGCCCACUGGCUGGCCUGCAUCUGGUACGCCAUCGGCAACGUGGAGCGGCCCUACAUGGAGCAUAAGAUUGGGUGGCUGGACAACCUCGGCGACCAGAUCGGCAAGCGCUACAACGACAGCGACCUCUCUUCUGGCCCCUCCAUCAAGGACAAAUACGUGACAGCCCUAUACUUCACCUUCAGUAGCCUCACCAGCGUGGGCUUUGGCAAUGUCUCUCCCAACACCAACUCCGAGAAGAUCUUCUCCAUCUGUGUCAUGCUGAUUGGGUCUCUCAUGUACGCCAGCAUUUUUGGCAAUGUCUCUGCCAUCAUACAGCGCCUGUACUCGGGCACGGCUCGCUACCAUACCCAGAUGCUGAGGGUGAAGGAAUUCAUCCGCUUCCACCAAAUCCCGAACCCGCUGCGCCAGCGGCUUGAGGAGUAUUUCCAGCAUGCUUGGUCCUACACCAAUGGAAUCGACAUGAAUGCGGUGCUGAAAGGCUUCCCCGACUGCCUGCAAGCUGAUAUCUGCCUCCACCUCAACCGCACCCUGCUCCAAAACUGCAAGGCCUUCCGAGGAGCUAGCAAAGGCUGCCUGCGGGCCUUGGCCAUGAAGUUCAAGACAACCCAUGCGCCACCUGGGGAUACACUGGUGCAUUAUGGAGAUGUCCUCACCACUCUCUAUUUCAUCUCGCGAGGCUCCAUUGAGAUCCUCAAGGAGGACAUUGUGGUGGCCAUCCUAGGGAAGAACGACAUAUUUGGGGAACCUAUCAGCCUCUAUGCCAGGCCUGGGAAAUCCAAUGCAGAUGUCCGAGCCCUCACCUACUGCGACUUGCAUAAAAUCCAGCGCGAGGACCUCCUGGAAGUCUUGGAUAUGUAUCCAGCCUUCUCAGAUAACUUCUGGAGCAAUCUGGAGAUAACUUUCAACCUGAGAGAUGCAGACAGUGUUCCUCGGUCCCCCCUCAGUGAGGAAUAUGCAUGCAACUAUCGUCGAGCCCGGCGCCGUAAGCAUUCCCUCUGCAAAGCGAACAAAAUAGACUCGGAUAACUUGGACGCAGGCAUCUCAGAUCCUGAGCAGUACCACGCGUACUCGGAGCUCACACAGUUGCAGCGUCCGCACAGCAAGGACCAUUGGGAUGAUAUGUGCAGCACUACAACACCCUGCUCCCAGACCAGUGAAGAGGAGGCCAAGAUGCCUAGCCCCACGAAGAACGAAUCUUUCACAAACGGUGAAAAGGCCAAAUACGCCCCAGCUGUGGUAAACCUGGUCCCUGAUGCCAUUGACGUGGACAAACUGGUGACUGAUGACAGCCUGUCCUAUGCAGCAACGCCAUUGGAUGUUUCCAACCUUUUCACAUUCUGGGAGGACAAGAGGCCUAAUUCCCUUACGGAGCCUCUCCAGCACAUGUCCUUGGUUCACAGCCCUCUGGACAUGCCUCCGAACUCUGAUGACAGACCGCGGCAGAUUGAAUCCAAGCUGGAGUGCCUGCAGGCACAGCUCGGCAGGCUGGAGUCCAGGAUGUCUUCUGACCUGAACCUCAUCCUGCAGCUGCUGCAGCGACAGCUUUCUCAAGUGCCACCUGCAUAUAGCACUAUCUCGCCAUCCUCCCACAACCUGGCUUUGUAUAGCAUGAGCAUGAGGAGCACAGAACCUGAAACUCCACUAGGAGAAGAGGAACUGACUCCCACAAAGGAGACUCCGAGCGACUCAGAAAUCGAGAAGCUGCAGCUGAAAUCCAGGGACUCGUUGUCAAGUGGUGUACACCUGACUGUGGCUUCUGACGAGACCAUGACAAUCAGCUCUGAGCAAGAGCAUUGCUCACAGACCCUGCCAAACCUAGAGCCUCACCGGAGGGCACCGGGCAACCAGGGACUUUUCCAAGGAUCCCGUUUCCCUUCCCUUCCUGAGCACCUUGAGGCACCUUCUGAGCACUUGGACAUUCAGAGACACCUCUCUGACCCUUUGCUUCCUGGGAGUUAGGAAUCCAGUUGAGCCCAAAGCCAAGUCAAGAGGACCCUGGACUGAGAAGUUGCUUUAGCUGUUUUUAAUUGUUGCAUUUGGAGGACAAUACUCAUGGCUCAAGGUGAUGGGACUUGUUGCCAUUCCCUGUCCUCUCUGAAACGGGGGAAGUUUAAUAGUGGGUUGGCUUCCAAGGUGAUUGAUUUCAGAAAUGGUACUCCAUAGAGUAGACUUCAGGUGCACAUUUCUCUUACCCCACCCGACUCCAAGAAGAAUGGCUGGUUGACGUUUUCCUCCACAUCCCCAAUCUUGCAUCUGUUAACUGUUGGGGUCUGCCUUUGUCAGUGUUUGAAUGGUAACUAGUAUGGGGGGACACUGGAGCACUUCCAUAAUGUAAUAAAGUAAUAAUAGGAAAUUUUGUCUGGAGGAAGACGAGGAGACUGCUAAGAACUUAACCU